UAGUCCGCCUUGUUUCCCUCCAUCUCUUGUGCUUAUCUGUCAGUGCUCGGACGUUGCGUUAAGGUGCGGAUCCGAGUCCCGCUCUUGGGGGAAAAUUGAGGAAAGUCAGACGACAUUUACGUCUUCAAGGGACAGUAAAUACGACUAUUUAAACUGAAACGACAGACAUUUUACCGCCUUUGUGCAGUUGCUUUGAAACUACAGUAAAAUGGAUCCAAUGACCCAGUCCGCCCAGAUAUCAUCGUCGCAAGGGUUUGCCGAUGGACAAAAUUCUGCUGCCAAAGAAUCAAAGCUAUCCGAUUCCUUUCUUUCCUCUUCGCCUGUAUCUCUCAUUCAGUCUCCUCAAGACAAAAGAGUGGUCCUGGGCUCGGACAAGCCUAGCGAAGGUGUUGCGACAUCCCUUCGCUUUCCUUCUCAACCUGGUUCUUUCACCCCUGGUAAUUAUGGGAGUGAGGCAGGGCCACCAGAUGGACAACCGGACUCACCGAUAAAAACAUCUCCUGUAUCGGAGCGAAUAAAAGCACUCGAAGCUCUUGCUGCCAAAAAGAAGGAACCGGAUUUUAGAAGCGACGGAGGUUACUCUCACUUCAGAGACCGCCACCAUGAAAAAUCUCCCACUGAAAACCCCAAAACUCCCACUGAGAUCCCUAAAACUCCCACUGAGACCCCUAAAACUCCCACUGAGAUCCCCAAAACUCCAGCUGAGAUCCCCAAAACUCCAUCUGAGAUCCCCAAAACUCCAGCUGAGAUCCCCAAAACUUUCACUGAGACCCCCAAAACUUUCACUGAGACCACCAAAACUCCUACUGAGACCCCAAGAACCCCCUCAGACAAACCCAAGUCUCCCACUGAGAAAAUAACACCAACUGUUCAGAAAAUAGGAGGUUCUACCGAUCCGGAGUCACCAGAGUCCCCCUUUGAAGUACUUGGAGAUUUAAGACAAGUGAAUGAAUUUGAAGAAACUGAAGAGUGGAUGAAGGCUCAUUUACCUCCUGCACCAGAUUUUGAUGCUGUAGAUUCAAUUAAAGGCACCCAGACUUCAGACAAUGUUGCAUCAAAACCGGAGAAGGAGACUAACGUAGUUAUACCUGCUGCUCCUGCUGCCUUUGCUGGUGUCCCUGAUGCUUUCAUGGAUUCUCCUGCUGAAGCUCCAAAGUUGAAGGACGAGCUCAGUGAAACACAGAAGCAGCCAAGUGUUGAGGAGGAGUCAGAGUUUGACCUCAGCUUUUUGCCAACAGCCUACAUGUGGGAUCAGCAGGAAAAAUCAGGUGCCCAGGCUCCAUCGAAUCUUGAUUCAGUGCUUCCAGCUUCACCGGCACCUCCUGCCGGCUUUGACUCCCCAUCUCCUCUUGUCUCUCCACCAGUUGGCAAGGAUGCUAAGCAGAAUGUUUCAGAUGACAAAAAGACCAAGUGGACGGGUGAUCUGGAGCCCCCAGAGGCAAGCGAAGCAGACAGCUCAGGAGAAUCAGACGACACUGUCAUUGAAGAUGGUGUUACUGUUCCUGCAUCUGUUCCACCUCCAUCUUCUGAUCCAGCUGUAUCAAAUAAUCCCACCACUACCCCUGCUUCCGCUGCAUCCAAUCCGUCCACUGAGGAGGUGACCCCUCCACCAAAAUCUGAGAGGAAGCUAAUGACGGUUCCUACAAUAAAUGUUAUUGAGACGGAUGAGCCAAAUUACAGUGACGAGGAGAUGGAAAUGGAGCUUGAAGCAGAGGAAGAUGAGGAUUAUGAGGUUGUAAAAGACACAGCUAGAGAGGCUACAAAAACCCCAGAGCCAGAGGAGAGUAAGAAUGAACCACCCAAAACACGACCCAUAGAAACUGAAUUUAUGGAAGGCUACUCCCCUCCAUCCUCACCUGUGGACUCUGAUGCUGAGUACUCUCCAAAACACAAGAUACUCAAGACUCUUCCUGAAACUGAAAAUCAGGAAUCUGCAUCUAAUGCUGAAACCCUACCCAAUCAAGCACAACCUGAAAAAGCACAGACCACUUCCAGCAAGGGAGACGAUAAACCCUCCCCUUUCACAGUCACAAAUGAAGAAGUGGACUUUCCAGACAAUGAUGACGAGUGGUCUGAUGAAGCACAAGAUAUCUUAGUUGCCAAACCGAAGGUGGAUGAAAAGAGCAACACAGUUGCAAAAGAUGCUUACAUGGAGACUUCCCUUCCUAAAACCAGCUUCAUGCAAGAUGAUAUAUAUGACAGAGAGUCAUUUGAUUAUGAUUAUGAUGCAUCCUCUCCCUUGGAUGAUAUUAAUGACAAAGGGUUGAAUAAUGCCAAGGAGCGGUUUCUGUCUGAUCCUUCACAAAUCCAAGUUGAACCACUGAAUGCAAGCAGUCAAAAUGUGGACGAUUUCUCUUCACUGAACGAUGACGAAGCCUUCCCCAACCAAAGUCAGUCAUCUCUAAGAGAAUAUUCCCAAGACCCAUAUUCUUCUUUCCGAAAUGAGACACCGAGCAUCAUCAGUGAGCAAGACUUCAAUAAGAAAACUACCUCUGAUAUUGUUACAGAUAACAUGGCAAAUGGCAACUCCCUCCCAGCACAGAAAAUCAGCUCAAACGUCCAGCAGGACACAAAAGCAGGUCACAACACACCUGACACAACAAGCAACCCAGAAAGCAUUGACCCUGACAACUCAUCUGAGCAGGCCGAUAGCUUUGUGGAGUUCAUGCGCGAGUGCCUGAAAUCAAGGCAUGACGAAGAACCUGAUAACACACACCAAGCCAUUCCUUCCCAUGACAAGGUCUGCAAAACUGGUAUACCUCCUCCCCAGUCCCCUCCAACCAUGGUGAUGGAUCUUGAACAAGAACAGCUGACCAUCAAUGCUCUCAAAGAGCUCGGCAGCAGUCAAGAGGAGGAGGAGGAGGUGAUGACUCUCCAGUCGAAGGUUCCUGACCUGGGCAAAGCUAACCCCAGUGCUACAUCUGUACAGCAGUCUUCUGUUACCUCAGCUCCUAAUCCUCCAUGUCCCCAAAGCAACCCUGUGUUUGACAGCACAUAUUCCAAAGAGGUAGAAGCCAUUGACGAAUGGGUGGCUGAAGCCUAUCAUCUUGCUGAGCAUGUCUUGACAGCAAUACUAACCCACUUAUCAGUGAAGGAUCUGAUCCACUGGCGAGACCCCAAGAAGUCGGGCUUGGUGUUUGGGCUGUCCAUGCUGCUGCUGCUGUCGCUGGCAGCCUUCAGCGUCAUCAGCGUGGUCUCCUACCUGCUGCUCGCCCUGCUCUGCGUCACCAUCACCUUCCGCAUCUACAAGUCCGUCGUCCAGGCCGUGCAGAAGUCCAGCGAUGGACACCCCUUCAAAGCACUGAUAGAUAAGGAUGUCAGCAUCCCUCCUGAGACUUUCCGCAAGCACGUGGACACCAGUCUGACCUACAUCAACCGAGCCCUGAAGCAGAUGAGCCGCCUCUUCCUGGUCGAGGACCUCGUGGACUCCCUAAAGCUGGCUGUGGUCAUGUGGCUCUUCACCUACGUAGGAGCCGUCUUCAAUGGAAUUACCAUCCUGAUCCUGGCUGACAUCCUCCUCUUCGCCGUGCCUCCCAUCUACGAGAAGAACAAGACCCAGAUUGAUCAGUACAUCGACAUGGCACGCACUCAGAUCAACACUACAAUGGCCAAGUUGCAAGAGAAACUUCCCGGAGCUGUGAAGCGCAGCAAAACUGAAUGAUCCACCCCUCAAUUAGAAACCUCCAUGUCACCAUCAUCCUCAUCUCCAUCACCAUCCUAGACCCCCCUUUACCUUCUCCUCCCCUCUCUCAGAUAACCUCGCCCUCCCCCCCAGUCUAACUCCUCCUCCCUCCUCCAUCCAGCAUCACCCCCGUACUACACUGAACCCUGCUAGGUAGAAAAUCUCUGAGCUACUCGAUAUUCAAUGUAAAACUACUGCGCAGCUUAACUUGCAAGCAUUAAAAAGAACUGUGCCUGUGCAGACAGGAAGCGUGUCGCUAGCGAGGAAGUGAUGUAGCGCCGCGGCGGACCCUGACUGUCUGUGGGCGUGCCACAGGGGAAUGGAGGCAGGGUCGAGUGAACUAGACUGAAUCUAUGACCUGGUUUACAGCGAGCAGGGGGUGGAUGAUGGCUGUCUACGUCACAAAAAAAAAAAAAAAAAAGCAAAUGUCUGUACUUUAAACCACAUUUCCCUGAAGGUAAAUGGAUGAUUUAAGCUGGAGAAGGUUAGAAAAAUGUCAAAAAAAAGGAAUAAACCAAUGUUUUGGGUGUAAUUGUGGCUAGUCUUACCCUGCUCUCUCGCUCUGCAGCUGUUCUGUGGAUAGAUAGGAAUUCAUUUUGGAGGUGCAUAAUGGGUUUGCUGUUACUGAUGGGCCUGUUAUUGAGUUAGUUUCCAUUCACCCUACAGGCACUUGUGUAUGUAAGUUUCUGCAAUGCACUGAACUUUUAUUUUUUAAACCCCUGAGCAGGUUGAAAUAAAAAGGAUUGGAACACUGA